GGCGGGCAAGAAGGACAUCCUUCCCCGAACUUUUGUUGCUUUUUCUGGUUUUUCCUUCGUUCAAUAUUAAUGCGGACUUCGCUUCUUAGCCUGGCUUCCAAUAUCCAGGCUGGAGUCCUGCAUCAAUGGCGGAAGUCGAGCGCUCUCCGAACGAGCCGGCGCAGCCCUCCACGGCCGCAUCCCAGGUAGACGACAAUGGCGCUGAUGUCUCGACCGGUCCCGACUCCCCACACAUCUUGAAAUCAGACAAGCCCGAACUUCCUGGAGAAACAGGAUGGACAGAAAUCAAUAUGGAAAAGUCGGAAAAAUCGAGUUUACCUGACACGGACAACGAACAAAUGGAAACGAGCGCUGAGAUUGCGGAGCCGGUGCCUGAACAGUCAGAUAACGGUACUACAGAGACCGCUGAAGCAGAAAUUAGCUCACCGCAAGAGGACUCGUCGCGCCCUGAGGAGACAGGCGAGUCUGCUCACGAUGUUCGCGAUGAGCAGCAAACUCCUAGCACUGAGAGAGAACCCCGCCCUGGAGAGCAACAUACACCUGCAAUGUCUGUUCAGGAGGAGCCGGCGCAAGACACAAGGACGCGUUCAGAUUCCAGGUCGACGACUGCCACACAGACGACUCACAGAUCGAUGCCGAUCAGCUCCACCGUCUUCAUUGUCACCGCGCUCGAUACAAUCGGCUCGUCCAAAGAGGCGAAAAGGAAUAAGGAACUAGAUGACGCGGUCAAGGAAGCCCUCACAAAUAUCAAGCAAUCCGAGCGUCAACCAAUUGACCCAGAAGUGAUCUUUCGGCCUUUACAGCUUUCAACCAAGACACCCAGCAUUCCUCUCCAGGUCACGGCCCUCGACUGCAUCGGAAAACUCAUUACAUACUCCUAUUUCGCCUUUCCCUCCCAGCGUCCCCCGCCUGGUCCCGGGGGUGCCGCCAGUGCCGAACAAAUUCCCCUAAUAGAACGCGCUAUCGAGACAAUCUGUGACUGUUUCGAAAAUGAAGCUACGCCUGUCGAGGUUCAACAACAAAUUAUCAAGUCGCUUCUAGCGGCAGUUUUGAAUGAUAAGAUUGUCGUGCACGGUGCGGGUCUGCUGAAAGCAGUCCGCCAGAUCUAUAAUAUUUUCAUUUACUCGAAGUCGAGCCAGAACCAGCAGAUUGCCCAGGGAUCGCUGACACAAAUGGUCGGCACGGUCUUGGACCGAGUACGCAUCAGGCUCGAUUUGAAGGAGGCACGGGUGCGGUACGGCGAGAACCAUGAUUAUCACUCACCGGAUAUGUCAACUCUCGACGCUACCGAUGCGAAUCAAGGAAAUGAACAAGAAGGGUCGUCUGAAGCCGCUUCGACAGUGACUUCUGAUCAACCUACCACGAAGGAACCUACCGAGAAGCUCACACUGCAGAGUUUUGAAUCGAGCAAAGACGAUGCCAUGGUCAAUGACAAUGUCCCUACGAUGGUCACGCGGGCCAAAACCAAUCAGCGGUCCUCCCGUUCCUCAGUGGGAGGGCCUGAGGAUAGAGACGAUAGCGAUGGGUCUGCUGAUGACGACGUUGAUGAGAUCUAUGUCAAAGAUGCCUUCCUGGUGUUCAGAGCAUUAUGCAAACUGAGCCACAAGAUCUUGACCCACGACCAACAACAAGACAUAAAGUCCCAGAACAUGAGGUCUAAGCUGCUAUCAUUGCACCUCAUCCAUCAUCUCAUCAAUAACCAUAUCGCCGUUUUUACCUCUCCUCUUGUGACGAUCAAGAAUAGCUCGAGCUCUUCCGACUCCAUGACCCUAUUACAGGCAGUUCGUCCUCAUCUUUGCCUCAGUCUCAGCCGAAACGGCUCGAGUUCUGUUCCUAGGGUCUUCGAAGUUUGCUGUGAGAUUUUCUGGCUGAUGCUUAAGCAUAUGAGGGUCAUGAUGAAGAAAGAGCUAGAAGUGUUCCUCAAGGAGAUUUAUCUGGCUAUUCUCGAGAAGCGGAACGCACCGGCAUUCCAGAAACAGUACUUCAUGGAGAUUCUGGAAAGACUCGCUGCUGAUCCACGUGCUCUGGUGGAGAUCUAUCUCAAUUAUGACUGUGAUCGGACGGCACUAGAGAACAUGUUCCAGGGGAUCAUCGAACAAUUGUCUCGUUACUCGAGCAGUCCUGUCGCUGUGACAGCGAUACAGCAGCAGCAAUAUCAGGAACAACAUCUGAAGGUCCCUAGUAGUGCAACUGAAUGGCACCAGCGUGGCACACUGCCACCGUCUCUGAUUACCGCACAUAUCUCCAAUCCCCAGCCAUCUAAUACACAAAACGUACCUCCUGAAUACGUGAUGAAGCAGCAAGCACUGGAAUGUCUAGUGGGAAUUCUGCGAUCACUGGACAAUUGGUCGUCACAACGUUUGGAUGGCCCCGCUUCGGCUUCCCGCGAAGUAAUAUCCCGGAAGUCCAGCGAUGUUGCCAGGGAGUCUAUUGAUACCACCACUGCUCUCGUCCUUCCGUCCCCCAGGAUUGAAGGUGGCGAGGGAGGAACUGGUCGGUCGACGCCAGUCCCCGAGGAUGAUCCGAGUCAAAUAGAGAAGGCCAAACAAAGAAAAACAGCGCUAAUAAAUGCCGUUCAGCAAUUCAACUUCAAGCCGAAGAGGGGAAUUAAGCUCCUCCUCCAAGAAGGCUUCAUCCGCUCCAAUUCUCCUCAUGACAUUGCUACAUUCCUUUUGAGAAACGAACGUCUUGACAAGGCCAUGAUUGGAGAAUACUUAGGAGAGGGAGACCCUGAGAACAUUGCUAUAAUGCACGCUUUUGUUGACUCCAUGGAUUUCUCAAACCUUCAGUUCGUGGAGGCUCUGCGCAAGUUCCUGCAAAGUUUCCGUUUGCCUGGAGAAGCUCAGAAGAUUGACCGUUUCAUGCUGAAAUUCGCCGAACGCUAUGUGAGCGGCAACCCUAAUGCCUUCGCCAACGCAGAUACCGCCUACGUAUUAGCGUACUCGGUUAUCAUGCUUAAUACCGACCAGCAUAGCAAGAAACUGAAGGGUCGCCGAAUGACAAAGGAUGACUUCAUUAAGAAUAACCGCGGAAUCAACGAUAACCAGGAUUUGCCAGACGAAUAUCUCGGUUCUAUCUUUGAUGAAAUUGCAACCAAUGAGAUCGUGCUCGAUACUGAAAGAGAAAAUGCUGCCAAUCUUGAAGUCCCACAAACUGGUGGCCUCGCAUCCCGAGCUGGACAAGUACUAGCGACCGUCGGGAGAGAUAUCCAGGGAGAAAAGUAUGCUCAGGCAUCUGAAGAGAUGGCUAACAAGACAGAGCAAUUGUAUAGAAGCUUGAUACGGGCCCAACGGAAAACAGCUAUCAGAGACGCGCUUUCACGAUUUAUUCCAGCAACCUCUGUUCGCCAUGUUGGUCCUAUGUUCAAUGUCACAUGGAUGUCCUUCCUUUCUGGUCUCUCGGCGCAGGUACAAGACUCGCAGAACUUGGACACUAUGAGACUCUGCAUGGACGGUAUGAAGCUGGCAAUACGCAUAUCCUGCGCUUUUGACCUCGAGACUCCAAGAGUGGCUUUCGUUACCGCUCUGGCCAAGUUCACGAACCUAGGCAACCUUAGGGAGAUGAUGGCAAAGAACGUGGAGGCCCUCAAGGCAUUGCUGGAUGUCGCUCUUAACGAGGGAAAUCACCUGAGAAGCUCCUGGAGAGAGGUUCUCACAUGCGUCAGUCAGCUUGACCGGUUCCAGCUGCUGACGGACGGUGUCGACGAAGGAGCGCUGCCGGACGUUUCCAGGGCACGUAUUGUCCCUCAGACGAAUACCGAGCUCCCUCGGAAAUCUAUGCAAGGAGUGAGACGCCCACGACCUCGGUCCAUCAACGGACCUACAUCUUUCCGAGCAGAAGUGGCCAUUGAAAGUCGGUCAACUGAGAUGGUUCGCGGAGUAGAUCGGAUAUUCACCAAUACUGCUAAUCUCUCCAACGAAGCUAUCAUCGACUUUGUUCGUGCCUUGAGUGAUGUUAGCUGGCAGGAAAUCCAGUCCUCCGGACAGAGCGAGUCGCCACGCACAUACAGUCUGCAAAAACUGGUUGAGAUCAGUUAUUACAACAUGACGCGUGUCAGAAUAGAAUGGACCAAAAUUUGGGAAGUCCUUGGAGAGCACUUCAACCAAGUCGGCUGCCACACAAACACCGCUGUGGUUUUCUUCGCUCUGGACUCUCUUCGCCAGUUAUCGAUGCGAUUCAUGGAAAUCGAAGAGCUUCCGGGUUUCAAAUUCCAAAAAGACUUCCUCAAGCCCUUCGAGCAUGUUAUGGCCAAUAGCAGCACCGUCACGGUGAAGGAUAUGGUUCUGCGAUGUCUUAUCCAGAUGAUCCAGGCCCGGGGUGAUAACAUCCGAUCCGGUUGGAAAACGAUGUUUGGUGUCUUCACGGUGGCUGCCCGAGAACCGUAUGAAGGGAUUGUCAACAUGGCAUUUGAACACGUAACUCAAAUAUACAACACCCGUUUCGGGGUUGUAAUUACCCAAGGAGCUUUCCCAGACCUCAUCGUUUGCUUGACAGAAUUCUCAAAGAACAUCAAAUUCCAGAAGAAGUCGCUUCAAGCCAUAGAAACCUUGAAAUCAACAGUAACAAAGAUGCUCAAGACCCCUGAAUGUCCUCUAUCUCACCGCCAUACCGAGUACGCCAGCUUCCACGAGGAUAACAGCACGAACCUUUCCCAACAGCUCAGCCGACAAUCUCAAGAAGAGCAAUUUUGGUACCCGGUGUUGAUUGCGUUCCAAGACGUACUCAUGACCGGAGAUGAUCUCGAAGUUCGGUCAAGGGCUCUAACCUAUCUUUUUGAUACCUUGAUUCGCUAUGGCGGUGACUUCCCGUCUGAAUUCUGGGAUGUGCUCUGGAGACAGCUCUUGUACCCCAUUUUCGUCGUUCUGCAGUCAAAAUCGGAGAUGUCGAAAGUCCCUAACCACGAAGAGCUUUCCGUGUGGCUAUCCACAACGAUGAUUCAGGCUCUGAGGAACAUGAUCACACUAUUCACCCAUUAUUUCGACUCUCUUGAAUACAUGCUCGACCGCUUUUUGGGGCUGUUGACCCUCUGCAUCUGCCAAGAAAACGACACCAUAGCUCGCAUUGGGAGCAACUGCCUACAGCAGCUAAUCCUGCAGAAUGUGACCAAGUUCCGGCAGGAGCACUGGACAAAGGUCGUUGGUGCCUUUGUGGAACUUUUCAGCCGAACAACGGCAUACGAGCUAUUCACUGCAGCAGCCUCUCUAACUAAGCCAUCGGAUGCUCGCAAGUCCUCCAAUGGGGAUGUUAUUACUAAUGACUCGACUCCUGAAACUGGCUCUGAUGCAGCGUCAACUGCUACCGCAUCAAACGUCAAUGGUACCCAGACUACCCAACACGAGCAUGAAGAUGGAGAUGUCCCGGCUGUACCUCAGGAAGGGACGCAAGGUACUACAGCUCCUCGACUGGAUGACUACAGACCGCAGUUAGACGUACAACUACCGCAGGCUGUAACGGUUGCGCGGCGCCGCUUCUUCAACCGCAUAAUCACCAACUGUGUCCUCCAGUUGCUAAUGAUCGAGACGGUUCAUGAGCUCUUCUCCAACGACAAUGUAUAUGCAGAGAUUCCAAGCCACGAACUUCUUCGCUUGAUGAGUCUCUUGAAGAAGAGUUAUCAGUUUGCAAAGAAGUUCAACGAAGACAAAGAGCUGCGGAUGCAGCUCUGGCGCCAGGGUUUUAUGAAGCAGCCUCCAAACCUUCUUAAACAGGAAAGCGGAAGCGCGGCAACUUAUGUCAACAUCCUCUUCCGCAUGUAUCAUGACGAGAGAGAGGAGAGGCGAAGCAGUCGCGCCGCGACAGAGGCAGCCCUCAUCCCCCUCUGCGCCGAUAUUAUCCGCAGCUACGUACUACUCGAUGAAGAAACGCAGCACCGAAACAUUAUUGCCUGGCGGCCUGUUGUCGUGGACGUGAUUGACGGCUACACGAACUUUCCUCAAGACACCUUCUCGAAAUACAUCGAGACAUUCUACCCUCUGGGGAUUGAUCUAUUAGGACGCGAUGUCAGCCCUGAUGUGCGUAUCGCUCUUCAGCAUCUAUUUCGCAGAGUCGGUGAGGUCAAGUUAGGCCUUCCUCUGCAGACCUUGGUAGGGACAGCCGUUGUAUCUGCCUGAAGUCCAUCAUCGCAGCAGUCCAACGUUGCACACUGGUAGAUUGCGGGCGCCACUACCGCUUACGGCAUUUGUCCUUCAAGAGCUUUCAGCAUAUUGAUUCCCAAUAUAUGUCGAAGAUUUUCCUUAGCACUUUGCGCUACGAGUUCCUCGUUUCUAUCAUUCCCCCUGGGCGACCAUGGAUGAGAAUUGGUCUUGUGUUUCUACGUUCUUGAUUUGUAUUUUGCAAUCCAAACCUCGCGCAUUCUCUUUUGAGCGCUAGGCGUUCUUCGCUUUUUGUAUGUGCAAGAAUUCCCGUGUCAUGGAAGGGCUGUGCGAACUUAGCUA